AUGGAGACAAGAAUCAAAAUCAGAUCGAAAAGUUACUGGGAUUCACCCAAUCCAAGCUACGAUCGAAGUAGUGACCUAUUCACUGUCAUUUUGUGGUGUGGUGGUAAAUUCCAGAAGUCCGACUUUGGAGUAUAUGAAGGUGGCCAUAAAAUGGUGUUUGAUUUUGUACCUGCUAAUGAAAUGUCUGAAAAGAAACUAAAAUUGUUUUCCACAAAAUUUGGUGUGGUUGGUGAUAGGAGCUAUUUCAUACAGGUGGGUUUGAGUCUGAGGAGGCUAGAAGGGGAUGAUGAUGUUAGGAUUUGGGCAAAGUCCCACUUAUCUGAAAGGGAGUUUAAUGUAUUUGUGGAAGUUUUCAACACUUUUGAACCUUCUAGUUUGUCUGUUGAAGGUAGUUGGGUGGAUCUAGAUGAGAGUGACAGUGAUAAUGAGAGUGGGAGUAAGAGUGGGUCUGAGAGUGGGGGUGAUAGUGGGUCUGAGAGUGGGUCUGAGAGUGAGAGUGAGGAUAAUGUUGUUGGUGUAGAGGGUGUUACUCAAGAGGAUAAUAUUGUUGGGGUUGGUAGUGGGAUUAGGAGUCAGAAUGAUGUAAGUGAAACUAAUCUUGAUGUCGAGGAUAAUCUUGUUGGGGUUAACAGAGGAAAAGGUGUUCAUUUGAGUGAUGCUGAGAAUUCUGAGGGUAAUGAGGAUAGUGGACAUUCUACUGAUUGGUAUGAUGAAUUCUUUGAUAGUGAUUAUGACAUGAGGGAUGCUAGUAGUGAUGAUGAUGAUGCAUUAUUCUUUGAGCAUGUAGAUACAGGUGCCAAUGGAGAGGAUGAGUCAGAGUCUAGUGAUAGUGAUAAUGAAGAUGUGAUUGUCCCUUCAUUUGUAAAAGAUUACAUCUCCACUUACAGCCUCCAUCAUCACAUCUAA